UAUCACACUGUCCCCCGAAGUCCGCCGCGAUAGCCUGUGUCGUGGCUGUGGCCCUUGUUGGGAGUUUUUAAACGUGGAAAACCUGACAGCGUUAGCCGUUCCAACAGGUAGUGUCAAUUAGCGUUGUAUAUGUUUGAUUGAUUUGUGUACGUGGUAGUGUCACAGGAUUUGAUUAAAAGGUUUGUCGCUGAAAACGCAUCUCGCAACAUGGCGCCAUAUAAGCUGUCCUGCGAGGAUUGGAAAGACGCCGCCAUGAAACUGAGGGACCGUCACAGAAGUAUUAUGGUGUAUGGCUUGCUCACAAAGCUGCUGAGGGGAAAGUGGGAAGGGUUCGAGAUCUGGGCGGAUAGCUGGCCUGAGUUCAAAUCCCUCGUCGUUAAACCAUCCGGCGAAAAACAGAUGGAUCCCUACACUGGGAAGUUUUACUUCGUAGACAGUGAAGACGUGGCGAGUAUGACGUCACUCCUUGAUGACCCGCGGAUUAUUACGUGGAAUGAUGACAUCAAUCUCUGCGUGUCCGACACAGUCUGGCCUCUGGUGGAACAGCGGGCCCGGGAGCGAGGCAACAUCCGCUGGGUGGCAGAUGCGCCGAUAUAUACUGUAUCACGUGACACAUUAGUCGACAUAAAACCACCUGAUGGAUUUCAAGAAGUGCCAAUGAGUGCUGAUGCCAUCUCGCACGUGAGUGAAAACUGGACGUUCAAGGUGUCCGGUAUUGACCAGUUUACGCAGCUGUUGGUCGAGAGGGAAUAUCCGACAGUUUGUUUCCGAGACCCGACAGGGGCAUUGGCUGCGUACGCCGCGACUCAGUUCCACAACUUACUCGGAAUGCUACAUGUUCUUCCUGCAUUCCGUGGAAAGAAGUUGGGCUCGGCUGCCAUGAGUGUACUGGCUCGGAAAACCUUGGCGGAAGACGCCGUUGUCGGAGUGCUCGUGAGUGACAACAACGCUGUCUCCAUCCACAUGCAUACGAAACUCGGGUUCAAAGCCGUACCGGGUAGUAAGGUGAAUUGGUCUUUGUACACCUGUUCCGGUUAGGCUCACAGGGUUUUUUUCACCCAAAUACUAGUACUUACUGUGGAUAUAAAGAAAGUCCUUUCUUGAUUGUAUUAAGGAUUAUGUUUCAUCCUUGAGUCAGGGAUUUGGUUUUCUUUUGCUGGACCGAGCAAUAUACCUCUUUUUGUACGGAUUGUUAUGGAGCGUUGGAAUCCAGUACAAAAGAGGUGUGAACAUGUCUUCAGGUUUUAGAGUCAAAAGUUGACAGUACUGAUGCAUAGAUUUGACAGAUUUCCUCAGGUUACAUACUGGCCUUAUAUGUGGCAUUACGAAAGAAAUGGGCUUCACACAUUGUACUCAUGCCGGGAAUCGAACCCGGGUCUUCGGCGUGACGAGCAAACGCUUUAACUGGGCUACCCGGCCGCCCCUCGCCGAUACCAAGUUCUUUGAUUAAACAUUUAAUGUAGUG